AUGAGUGGAGUGAUAACAAGACAAAGUAUUAAAGCAGUGGGGAAUGGGUUGACAAGGAGAUGGAUGGCCACCCGAUAUAUGAGCAAUGGACCAAGGUUUAUAACUGGAGGUCCACGUAAAGGGAAAUGGAUCCCUUGGACAAUCUUUGGUGUAAGUUUUGCCACUGGAUGGUUUUUCACCCAACAUAUGACUUUUACGGAUGUCCUGGCUUGGUGGAGGUACGAUUCUUUACCUAAGGAUAGUACAGAGGUGAAGGAUUACGAAGCUCAAUUGACAGCAAGGGCAGAACAAUUACCUGUAGUGAAACAAUUACUAGCAAAGGGAUUUGUUGAAGUAUUUCCAGCAUCAAAGAAUACCUCAGGAAAACAAGUCACUAGUGGGCUAGUUACGCAAGCUUUAAGAAGUCCCGGUGCCAUAGCUAUUGAACCUAAAUUUUACUACAACCCUCAAACUCGUGAUACGGUUGGACUAUAUCACCUUGGGAUGAAAUUAACUGGCUACCCAUUCAUUGUACAUGGGGGUAUGUUGGCUACUGUAAUGGAAGAUCUGAUGCGCCAAGCCAUGUUAGUUCGCGGGGGUAACAGUGACAUGGCCAAUUGUGAAAAGACAAGAGACCUAAAUGUAUCCUAUAAGUUCCCAACAUUUGCUAAUCAAUUUGUUGUUGUGAGGACUACUGCAGUGGAACAAUUUGGCCAAGGAACUAAGAUGCGUUGUGAAGUAUUAGACCAAACUGGUAAUAAUACUCUAGUAACUGGUGGUGCAGUAUUUACCAAACCCUAG